AUGGAGAUGGCAGAAGAAUGGGGAGAAGGAGGAGGUAGAUGGGAGCGAGACUGUCAGACUGAUGGACUGAGGACAGAUAGAGGGCGGGCAGAGGCAGAGGAGAAGAGGAUAAGGUGGAUGAGAGACCACCUCGACGACCUGCGAUCUGUCGCGCUCGACUCCAAGGAGGUUCUGGCAGCAUCCGACAUGUCAAGGGCAGUACACGAUCAUGUUGUGGACACACAACAUGAGAUGUCACAUCGGGAGGCUUCGCUCAAGAGGGAGAUUCAGGCCCACAAGCUGUUCCAGCAGCGUCUUGAGCAGCAGCUCAUGAACCUGAGGCAGGAGAAAGAGGCGCUGCGGCUAGAGGUCAAUCUGCUGCGGAGGAGGCUUGAGGAGCAGGACCAGGGCAAGGCACUGCUAGCAGAAGACAUGAAGAAAGGACUCCUGCAGCAGCGACAGCAGCUCAGCAUUACAGACGAGUUGAACAGGGAGCUGGAGCAGCAGCGGAAGGCUGCAGCAGAGGGGGAGCGGGAGCUGCUAAAGGUGAAGGCGCACGUGCGCGAGCUCCUCUUGGUUCAGAAGCAAGAAAGAGAUGAGCUUGCAAGGAUGAUGUCGCAAAAUCAGAAGCUACAAGAUGCAAACCAGCAGCUUGCGAGCGACCUGCGGUAUGUGAAUCACCAGCUUCAGGCAGGUAGAGUUGAGCAGGGAGCCAUGGAAGCGCAGCUGCAUGUGUUGAAGCAGCGAGGCACAGAGGAAGGGUCUAGAGAAAGGAGUUCUGCCCCGAGCAUCACCAAGGAAGAGAUAGAACGAGCACAGAAAGUGAAUGAAGAACUUUGGGCGCGGCUAGAUGCAGCGAACAACAAGGCGGCAAAGACUGCAGAAGCGCUGGAGGUGGAGAAGGCUCGGCAGGACGUGGAAGUGAAGACGCUAAGAGAGAACGUGGAGACACUCAUUUCUCAACGUGAUCGAGCAUGGGAACAAGCGACGGAGACGUCGAGACGUUUGGUCGCCAAGCACCAGCAGGAGCUAGUGUACAACCUUGAGGUAGAGGUGAUGCAGUACAAGUGCAACUUUGCCAACAAAGAGCAGUACGACAACCCCGCUUUCAUCCUUGAGCAGCGAGUCGAGGGUCUCAAGCGAGCUCUCGAGCAUUACAGCUCGUUCUCACAGGACGUGGUUGCGUUUCAGGUGGAGAGCUCGGGGCUGAAAGCUAGGAUCGCUCAGCUAGAGGCCGAGAAGGAGGGACUUGUGCGACAGUUGACCGAGACUCGGUCGCAGCUGGUGGUCAGCAAGAUGAUGAGAGAUGAGAGGAUCAAGGACUAUCAGUCUGAGAAACAACUGCUGCAAACAGUCAUCGAGUCUCAGAAAUCUCAGAUCAAGAGCAUGCAACUUGAAGGGGAGGAGGCUCUGUCGCUGGCGGAGCACGAGUGCCGUCGGCUGCGACAAGAGCACUCAGAGGCCUUGAGGAGCGCGAAGGAGCUUCUGGAGAAGGAGAGGAACGAGAGCGCCGCCCUCAGGCAGGAGAACCAGCAGUUGAACCUUAAGUUUGAGAACGCGCUGAAGAGGAUUUCCAAGCUGGACCUCGAGCUGCAGAUGGCGGAGAAUCAGUACGAUGCAGAGAAGGCUAUCGACGAGCACCUCAAGGCCGAGAUCAACGUCCUCAAGGAGCAGCUGCGGCAGGCGCAGGUCAUGGUGGUCGAGCAAGCCCGUCGCGAUGCGCAGGAGAAGAAGGAAGGGACGGAGGAGGAAGGAUUCGAAAUGAAGAAGAUGGCGUUCGAGGAAGAAAGAGACCAGUUGCUCAAGGAGAUCUCUGGGGAGAGCAAGAAAGCUCAAGAGAACGAGUGCUGCAGGAGGUUGAAGGAGGAGCUGGAGCUUGCCCGUCGCAUCGGAGGAGAGAUGUUCCGAGUCGAGCGAGCUUUGGGGGAGGAGGAGGAGAGCGCAGAGAAUCUUGUGUUUGAGGUGAAGGAAACGUUCCAGAGCAGGAUGGAGUUGGUGGAGCAGCUGCAAGAAAACUCAGUUGCUAUCCUCAACCUCUGCAUGGAGUCAGUGCGAGAGGCAGCAGGCUACCAUCGAGAUGACAUAUCUGAUCUCCUCAUGAAACAAAGCAUCUUGGAGUUCAAAAAUAGGAAGAAGUACAUCAUCAGCCUCAGGAACAAGUGCAUGCAAACGCGCUCGGUGGUGCUACGAGAGCUGAAGCGAUCGGAGCGAGCGAUCAAACUCUUGCAUGAGGAGUGCGCGAGGAUGGAGGCGAAGCUCAAUGGCGGCAUGCCGCGAUGA